UUUAAAAAAAAAAACUGUUUAUAAAACACUAAUAACCGUAACUAGUGUGUGUUCCGCUCCACUUGGAGUUGAACUUUAACCACGUUUAAUACUGUAACAUUCAUUGUGUGUGUUUACUGACAUUAACUGAGUAGUUUGGCACCGAUAUUCCGACCCAAAAUCAUCAUGUCAUAAUCAUGAGCACCAACCAAGUCCCUCCACAGCGAGAGGCGCUUUCAAUUUGUCAUUAAUAAUAGAAGGAGAGAAAAAGAAAGAAAGAAAGAAAUAGGCCGUGAGUGGCGCGUGUUUGAAAAUACAUUGUUUUGUUUGAUCAAUAAAGCGCUGUUGUUGUAAACACGCCGAUUCGGCGGAAUAAAUGAACGGAUCAUGUUUAUUCAUUGUGGCCAUAAGAGACACGUCGAAACAAAUAAAAAGAGCGCCAAACAGUCAGUGUGUGUGUGAGGAGCAAAUCGAUCGGUGUGUCUUUAUUUCUAACGUUUGAGCGGCACGACGUCAUACAUAGCAGUCGACUCAGUGUGUGUGUGUGUGAGAUGAUCAUGAUCAUGAGAACAUGUAAAAACACAAGGUAUGUUUAAAAAGAGUUCCUUUCGCCAUGGGGAAAGAAAAGUGGAAGGAAAGAGCGCCGCACGAAUAUAGCAAAAAAAAAAAAAAGGAGAGAAAAAAACAAACAGAAAGAAAAGGGGGGAAAUGGACCGUUUCACUGUGACAGUUGGGCGAACUUUGUAACGAGCGGCGCGGCGCGGUGCCUACGAACGAACGGUGACAUCGGGGCACAACGCGACGCUGCAGCGCUGCGCUCCUCUCUUAUCUUCUAUUCUCUUGUCUCCUCUCUUCCUUUCCUUUCCUCUUCUCUCCUCUCCUCUCCUCUCCUCCUCUUCUCUCCUCUCCGCUCGCCGGCUUUCUUUCUUUGUGAUGUCACCGCUGGCCGCGCUGUUGUAAUUGCCCCCCGGUGGAGGUGAUGGCGUCAUUCCGUGCCCUGCCGUAGCCUCCCGUGCUCGGGAGUAGCAGAGUGACGGAUCCGAGGCCGAGGCGACCGUGGCUCCCGCAGCCGGGAUCGAGCAGCGCCAGCGCGGACACCUCAGCCCGGGAAACAUGGAGGCUGCGGCCGAGGAGCUGCGGGCCGGCUCCCGGAUCCCGGUCACCAUCGAUCAGAUCGUGAACGACACGCUGGUGGUGACCCUCAGCUUUCGGGAGAGGAGCUACACGGGGAUAUUGCUGGAUUGCAACAAAAAGACUGGGUUGUUUUGUCUACCAGAUGUCAUGUCAAAGCAAGAAGAGUCACCCCUUCCAAGGCCUAGCAGUGACAUCACAAACCAGGAACCUUGUUGGAAACAAUGCAGUCAACCGGAACAUCCAGCAACAGAUGAAAAUUCGCUGCCAGAGAAAGGACCUGCUUUGAACCCCGGAGCCACCUGUGCUCUCGCUCCUGUGCCUGUACCCCUCGGUCAGCUUCCCUAUCCCCCUUAUUUUGAAGGUGCCCCGUUCCCCCAGCCCCUGUGGGUACGCCACAGCUACGGUCAGUGGGUGCCCCAACCCCCGCCCCGACUAAUUAAGCGUAAGAAAAGGCGGACUCGUGAGACUGGCCGGAUGACCAUGAGCACCAUCAGACUCCGCCCCCGACAGGUACUGUGCGAGAAGUGCAAAAACACUCUAAACAGUGAUGAGGACAGCCGAGAUGGACAGCCUGCAAGGGCAGCUAAGAAAGAAGAUGCCGACAUUGUCAAAGACCCCAAGAAACAAGAAGAGACAAAUUAUGAUAGUAAGAGGUGCAGGAAAGACAAGAGGGAGGAAGAGAAGUUUCCUGUUGAGCUGGUUCCUCACAGUCCGGUCAUUAAAAUCUCAUACAGCACGCCGCAGGGAACAGGCGAGGUCAUGAAGAUCCCCUCUAGGGUGCAUGGCUCCAUCAAACCUUUCUGUCCCAAGCAGUUAAUACAGAAUGGCCUCGAGCCCCAUAACAAGGCGCUCAACCCACUAGACAGAUCAGGAACCGGUUCUGCUGCCUCUGUCCCGAAGCUCAAACUUCCGAGGCCUGUGCCUUCCGACCAGGAUGUGACUUCCCCAAAGAUUCGGCUACGGCCGCGUACGAGCGGGGACGACAGCCUCUCUGUGUACGAGGCAGAGCUAGUGAGCGGAGCACAGAGACGGAGCCCCAGGGUCCAGGGACAUUCUUUGGCACAUUCGGAAGACUCCGCAGAGAAGAGCUCUCUGGAACUGUCUUCGGGCAGCUCGGGGGAGGGGGAGGAGGCGGAGCAGCACGGGGACCUCACCCUCCUCAUCAAUUUCCGCAAGCGGAAGGCCGACUCUUCCAGCCUGUCGGUCUGCAGCAGCGACAGUUUGGAAGAGUCCAAGUCUUUUAGUUCUGAUGGGACAUCGCCGGAGCUGUGCGACUUUGCCCCGGGAGAGGACAUUGCCGUUUCCUCUUCAUCCAGGGACGAGAACAAGACCGUCCCUCCACUGACGGUGCGGCUCCACACCCGCAGUAUGACCAAAUGCGUGACAGAGGAGGGGCACGCGGUGGCCGUGGGAGACGUGGUGUGGGGGAAGAUCCACGGGUUCCCCUGGUGGCCGGCACGUGUCCUCAGCAUCAGCAGCAGCAGCAGGCGCGAGGAGGCGACCGAGCACGAGGCCCCGUGGCCCGAGGCUAAAGUCUCCUGGUUCGGUUCGCCCACCACCUCGCAGCUUUCGGUGUCCAAACUCUCCCCGUUCCGACAGUUCUUCCGCUCCCGAUUUAACCGCAAGAAAAAAGGGAUGUAUCGCAGGGCUAUCGUCGAAGCGGCCAAGGCAGUGGGUCACAUGACCCCAGAAAUCACUUCACUCCUUUCGCAUGGAGAAACGUAGGAGCCCAAGUUGGGAGAACAAUCAUCUUCCUUAAUGAUGGACAAACAAACAGACUUCCUGUGACACCAGUCCCUGGGAGUGAGGGAGAUCCUGCCGUUGCCAUGGAAACAUCACAGAUGAAACCCACAAUACGGAGGACAAUGACUGCUCAGGUGAAACGGUGUCCAGAUUUGGGAGCAAUGCCUUCGCAAGGCAUCUCAAGGACUACUCCGAACAAAAUUAAUUUUUUUUUUUUUAAAAAAAUUUUCCAUUAUUGUAAUAGAGCAAAUAGUGACACUACAGAUCCGAAUGUAUUUAUUAUCUUCAACACUUUAGUUAACCUUUUAGGGUUCUGUAAGAUCUAUUUACUGCUGCUGCUGUUUUUCCUAAACAAUCUCUUCUCCAAUUUGAAUGACUGUUUGCGUCCUACACCAAUGAGUUUCUUGAGUUGUUUAAUCCGUGUGUCAUCCUUUUAAAACACAAAAUAUAUCUAUAUAUUAUUAAUGAGAAGUCUUAUCGUAUGGUUUUCACUCUUCCGGUUUCAAAUAAUGUGAAGCAUUGUUUUACUGAUAUCAUGCUGUAGGUCUUACCAUAUGCAGUAUUGUUUUACCUAGCUGCAGCCUUACCAGUUGUAUUCCUCCACUGGUUUGCCACCGCUACAAAAGACAGGAUUUUUGGAUCUUGUCACCCAAUUAUUUUGUUCACAUAUUGUCCAGAUGGCAAUCCUAGUGAGUUCUACAGUACCUGAUUCUGCUUACUUUAAUUAUUUAAUGUCUCACAAAAAAGAGAAAGCACUUUAUAUUUGCCUUGGUGGCCUGCUGUAGACUUUUUUUUUUUUUUUUUUGUGUACUGCGGCAACACUAACUGGAUUCAAGCAUACUGGUAGUGGCAGAAACUGCAUGGAAUACGAGACGAUUUUUCAGUGUUUUCUGUAUUUGUAUGGGGGGGACCAGGAAACCCAUUUGGGGUUGUUGCCAACGCUGUAUUCCUGAAUUAACCCGGACUGCGUCGUACGAUUUUCAAGAGGUUCCACUGGAGAAAUGGGCCGUGUGUAAUGAUAUCUGUCCUAUGCAUCACAUGUUGAUUAAAGCUUUAAAUGAACCAUUGAACAAACACUGUGAACUCAACACUGGUGUAUCGUGAGGAGAAUGGGGUAGGGCUGUGUGCGCUCCCAGCCCCCCCCCCCCCCCCUCCCGACAGGCAUGUGUCGAGCGAGUCCCGAGCGGAAGCGCUUUCCACCCGUGAGGAGAAAGAGGUACUGUUUCAGAGCGGCAAAGGGAAGCAGUAAGAGGUGCGGGGAAUAAGAGUACAUUGAAACAUCGCUGCUAACUGCCCGGCGCUGGGCGAAGGGGCUCUGCUUCGAUUCCCCUCUGCUGGUUUUCCUUCUAUCAACCAGUGAAAGGGUGCUGCUGGGCGCUCAUUGUUCAACUCCCAUCCCCCCACCACUGUCACCUCCCCUCCCUUCUACCCCUGUGGUUCACGAGGAUUUCUGCACACAUCAUAUGAACUGCUCGUGUAAAAGGAACGUGGCGGCCCAUUGCCAGCCGCCUUUGUCAAUUUG